UCUCAGAGCCGGCACGGAAGGGACGUCAGGCGAGGAAAGGAGGAGCGAGCGGAGAACGCGCCACCCGCCAGCCCCGCUUUCUCGCCUCUCGUCCCGAGGGGGCCCACCGCGAAGGAAGGGCACACAGGGACUAGCAGCAACGACGCCUAGCGAGCUGUGCGUGCGAUAACUGCCCUGUCGCAAACCGGAGAGCGGGGCCUCGCUUUCGGAUCGGCCGCUUCGGCAGGCCGCCUGUCUUCCUCCGCCGCCGUCUCACUUUCCCUCGCCUUUGUGCCCGCACCGCCUCCCCGCGCCCACUGCGCGGCUUCCUCGCGCCCCUGCAGGCGUGCUGGCGUGGAAGGCAUCCGUCGACAUGGUCAGAAAGCGCAAGGGAUCCCCGCAGGUGCGCGGGCCGAGCAAGAAAGCCAAGGGGGCACGUGCAGCUGCCCCUUCCUCAGCUCCUGCAACCGACGAGCAGCGAGAGGAUGGUUUUGAAGAGAGUAAACCCCAAAGGAGGAAAAGAUUGCCCAAAGCUUCACUUGAAAAAAAGAAGGAAAAAGAAUGUGAGAAGAAUGUCCCUCAGUCACCUUACAGAAAUUCAGAGCACAAAGAAGCAAAACCCAAAGUGAAGGAAGAAAAUAAAAGAACUGUAGAAAGUCACAGGUCCUGUAAAAAGGAGAGGAAAUGCAUUGGUUUACAGCGCCCUCAUCUAAAGAAAGAGACAGAUGCGAAACUAGAAUCUCCCACCAAGAACAGAGAUGAAAAGGAAAAUGACGAGGAUGCUGAAAGUGAGGAUGAGUGGGAAGAAGUAGAAGAACUUCAUGAGCCUGAGGUGGAGAUGCUGGAAAAUAUUGCGGUGCCGACACUGCCCAACAAAACUGUUGAGAUAGAAAUUGAAACACCUGAACAGGCAAAGAAGAGAGAGAGAAGAGAGAAAAGGCAGACCGAGUUCGAGACUUAUCUCCGUAGAAUGAUGAAACGUUUCAACAAAGAAGUUCGCGAAGAUACACACAAGGUUCACUUGCUGUGCCUGUUAGCGAAUGGUUUCCAUAGAAACAGGAUCUGCAUUCAGCCAGAUCUCCAAGCUAUUGGCCUUUCUAUCAUCCCCACCCACUUCACUAAAGUGCCUGCAGCUCGCAUUGACCGCCUCUACCUGUCAAAUCUUGUGAAAUGGUUUGGCGCAACCUUCACUAUCAAUGCUGAGCUGUCUGACAGCGAAGAAAGUUGGCAGGCCACCCUUGAAAGGCGCUUUGCAGUCUAUGCUGCACGAGAUGAAGAAGAGUUGGUGCAUGUAUUUUUACUUAUUCUGCGGGCACUGCAGCUGUUGUGCCGACUUGUGUUGUCUCUACAACCCAUUCCUCUGAAAGAAUCAGUAGGGAAGGGAAAGCCUUCCUCGAAGAAGCGCAGUGUCAGUGCAGUUUCUGAGGAAUUGGAUGGUUCUGCCAAAAAGCCAAAGGUUGUGUCGAGAAAAUGCAAGCAGCCAUGCAAGACCGAGCAAGGGGCAGACCCAGAGAAGGUUCUGGCAAGCAGUCAGGAUGCUAAGAAGAAUCCAGCCCGCCCUGGAGCCAGAAGGACAGUAAAUAAAUCUCCAGUAUUCAAGGGUGCCCAAAAAGAAGAAGAAUCUGGCAAUGGUGAGAUCCACCGGCGGGAAAAGGGAGGGCCAGGGAGGCCUAAAAAUGACCGCCAACGAAGGGUGGCCUCAAAAGUCUCGUAUAAAGAGGAGAGUGGAAGUGAGGAAGGCAGCGAUUCUGAGUUCUGUGCUUCCGAGGAAGAUGAGGAUACCAGCAGCAUCUCUGAUGAAGAUUUUGAACCCCCCAGAAGCAAACAGAAGUCACACCUAGCCCCUAAAACAAAAGUAGCUGCUCACAACAGGGGAAGCUCUGUGUCUUCGGCGCUGAAGACAAAAUUGGAGACAGCUGACAGUCGGCCAAAGAAAACGACCAGCCCAGGUUCUUCCAGCCCAUCAAAGAAAAGGAACAAAAUAAUUUCUAGUGAUGAAGAUGAUGAAGGGGAGCAGAGACCAGUACAGUCAAAAGGCACAGACCAGUGGGUGGAGGUUUUUCUGGAGCGGGAGGAGCGGUGGGUUUGCGUGGACUGUGUCCGGGGCACUGUGGGUCAGCCUCUGCUGUGCUUCAAAUCUGCCACAAAACCGGUGAGCUACAUCCUUGGCAUCGACAACGAUGGGUGUGUGAAGGAUGUCACGCAGAGGUACGACCCCGCCUGGAUGACUUUAACGAGGAAAUGCCGCGUGGAUGCCCAGUGGUGGGAGGACACUUUGGAGCCCUACAGAAGCUCUUUUGUGGAGCGAGACAAAAAGGAAGAGAGAGAGCUUCAGGCGAAACUUCAAGAUCAGCCUAUGCCGACCGCCAUCGGAGAGUACAAGAACCACCCGCUGUAUGCCUUGAAGAGGCAUCUCCUGAAGUACGAAGCCAUCUAUCCUGAGACAGCUGCUAUCCUAGGAUAUUGUCGAGGGGAGGCUGUGUACUCCAGGCAUUGUAUCCAUACACUGCACUCCAAGGACACCUGGCUGAAGCAAGCCCGAGUGGUGAGGAUUGGAGAAGUGCCCUAUAAGAUGGUCAAAGGCUACUCCAAUCAAGCAAGGAAAGCACGAAUGGCAGAACCUGCAAACCGGGACAAGAAGGACUUGCCACUCUUUGGACUCUGGCAGACAGAGGAGUACCAGCCUCCUGUGGCCGUGGAUGGAAGGGUUCCCCGGAAUGAAUUUGGAAAUGUCUAUCUCUUCCAACCCACCAUGAUACCAGUGGGCUGUGUCCAACUAAAGCUUCCCAACCUUCAUAGAGUGGCUCGUAAACUGGACAUUGACUGUGUUCCAGCAGUUACAGGAUUUGAUUUUCAUGGUGGCUACUCACACCCAGUCACUGAAGGUUAUGUAAUCUGUGAAGAGUACAAAGAGGUGCUUGUUGCCGCUUGGGAAAAUGAAGAAGCUGAGAGGGAAAAAAGGGAAAAGGAGAAGCGGGAGAAGAGAGUGCUGGGGAACUGGAAAUUGAUGGUGAAAGGACUUUUGAUCAAAGAGAGACUGAAGCAACGCUACUCGGUUAAGAAUGAAGCAGCAGGAACAACAGUGGAAAAGCUAGCUGGGUUUUCCUCCGAUGAUGACGAGGUGGAAGGACCAAGUUCAGAUACGCCUGCUGGAGAUGUGGCUGUGUCUUGGCCCCAAAAUCGGCAAGUGGAGGAACAGAAGAAGGGAGAAGGAAGAACCAGAAAAGGCAAGAGGGAAAAGAAAGGAGAAACGAAGCAUUUGUUCCCAUUUGAGAAGCUGUAACAAGGAAAGGUCUUCAGGCUGAAAUUUUGCCAAGCAAAGUAAGCAGUUUGAGCUUCUUUCAGAGGAAUUUAUAAAUACUCUCAAGCUUGGGAAAUAUUUUGUGUAUAUUUCUUGCAAAAUGAACACUUGGCUUUUGCAGCAUUCUAUAAAGAACAAGGUUUAAUUGUAUGCAAAAAAUACUUCUGGAGAAAAUGAAUCAGGGACCUAGAGGAGACAAGUUUAGGAUGUAAGAUGUACAUUUUCCUUGGUUAUGCAGCUUCCAGUUGUGCAGACUGAAUUGUGAAUAAUUUUGAAUGUUGUGGAAGCUCAGAAUUGGCCAUGUAUUAUUUUCAUCUAUUUUAAGAGCUUUGGGCCUUAUUCUUUUGUAGCCAUUUAAAUUUAUGAGGAACAGAUUAGGUGCUGUCAAUCUUUUUGAGACAUUUCCUUAUAAGCUUCAUUUUCCCUUGAACAUUAAUUCUGCAGUGAUAGGUCUAUUUGUUAGUGAUAACCUUUCAUCAUCCUUUUCUAGUCUUUCGCAUCUGUUUCUUGGGGGAAAAAGGUUUACUUGAUGGAUAUAGAAAGGCGCUGAAUGUGCCAUUAUUAGCUUGAAGGUAGUGAAGCUGUGUUCUUUGCUUUAGGAAAUGGUGAUAUUGUCCACAUUUAGGGUGCACUCUACUGAAAAGCUCUGCUGCUGAUGCAGCAUAAAAUGGGGAUUAUGGAAAUACAUGGGUUGCACUCACGUUCAGCUACCAUUCAUUUCAGCAGAGACUAUGCAAGAGAACAAUUCUUCUCCAAUAAGAGAUACCAGAGGACCUCAGGGAAGAAGGACAAUUCAAGAAUGCUUUAGUUUUUUUUGUCACCGAUUCCACUUUCCCACUUAAUCUGUGUCCUCAUAGAUAAUUCUUAUGGAUCAUAUUGAUUUUUAUAUACUGAGCACUGAACAAAAGCUAUUGUGGUCCCAGUUUUACACUACAAGUCAAUCAGUCUAAAUGGGCCUUAUGCAAAAAAGGUUGUUUGAAGUCUUCCAUUAUAGACUUAAUGAUCAUGAUUUACCUGUUGUGCUAUUUAGAAUGCUUAAGGUUAUGUGCAUUUUCCCUGCAAAAGAAAUGUUACCUACACCAGCUGUUUUACUGCAGAAUUUUUUCAGCAUUACCUAUUUUGAUUGGCCAAGAUUUUGUAGUGACUUAAAACCCUCCUCCUUAUAUUUGACCUACUAGUUUUAGCACUUUAAAAAUGUUCCAAAAUAUUUUUGUACUAAAUUCUUAGAAAAAUAAAAAACUUUUAAGAUCUCUCA